AUGGGGAACAUCGCGUGUGUCCCGCAGGCACCUGGGGGCUUCAGGAGCUCCUUCCGAAGGAAGCCUUCGCUGAAGAAAGCACAAAACGGCAAGAAAAAACUGCCCAGCUUUUUUGGUCUAGAAGGAGGGCAGGAGAGAGACACGACCACGGACAAAAUCCUGCAGUAUAUUCCAGCAAAGAUCAUCCCAAACCCGGAAAACCAGAAAGAAAACUUGGACCAGAGGUUCCCCAGCCUGUUCAAGAAGGGACGAAGGAAAACGACUGUCAGGAACCUGGGAAAAAUCAUCUAUUACUCCAAGGUCAAGUUAAGGUUCCAGCACUGCCAGGAGGUCAAUGACUGCUUCUUGGAGCUGUUCCAGUCCUACCUGUACUUCCAGUCCAUGGGCUCCAAUGGACUCACCCACCAGGAACUGCUGCCUCUGAAGGAGCUGAAUGUCUGUGAGAUUGAGGCUGGGAAGGGCCCUGGGCAGCAGGAUUGCCACGCUUUCCUCAUUGCAGGUCCUCGGCUGAAUCCCCUUGUUGUGUUCUGCCCCUCUGAGUCAGAGCUGAAGCAGUGGCUUUAUCACCUGGAGAAGCAGAUCCAGCUGAAUGGAGGAAGCCUUGCCUUGCCCUUCCUCCCUCAGAACGGCUGGAAGCAGAGCUCCGUGGGGAAGGAGGAGCUGCGGUGGUGCAUGCAGCACAUGCCCAUCCAGGGCUGGAGUGGGACUCAGAGGGAAUCCCUGGGCCGUGUCCUCUGUGCCUCCGAAGUGAAGCUUCAGCAUCUGCCAUUCCAGGAGCAGAAUGACCGGCUGUUGGUGCUUUAUGCCUCCACACUGGUGAUAGUUUCUGAAGAGAAGAAUGGCUUCUGUUUUAAGGGCGAGCUGCCACUCAACGCCAUCCAGGUGCUUUUUGAAGAGAACGAGAAAAGCUCCUUUUUAAUCGAAGGCCGGCUGAUCAAUUCGAUCCGGGUGACCUGCCGCAGUUACGAGGAUUACCAGGAGUGGCUCUACUGCCUCAACACGGCCCAGUUUCGAAACGCCGACUCCUCCCUCUCCGGAUCCGAGAGUUUCUCAGGAUCAAAGCCGCCACACCCCAGCCAGUUCACCAGCAGCGGGAGGGGCUCCCUCACCUCCGACGGCCGCACGAAUUCCUGGGCGUCCGGAGGGAGAGUGACCACCGUGACCCACCUGUCCCAGACCAGCGGCUCCCUGCCCGACGGACACUCCUUCCUGCUGAUGCCUGAGGGCAGGCUGCUCGAAGAUGCCCUCUCCUCUGGCUAUUCCCAGCCUCUCCACUGCCUGGCACAAGCCAACUGGCCAAGCACAGGGCUGCCCACACAGGACCUGCGGAGAGGGGGCAGCGCCAGGAAAUCCAAGGGCAAAUGCGGGCCGUGCAUCCAGCAGCUGCCCAGCCAGGACUCGGAGAGGAGCAUCUGCAGCCUCAUUCCCGAAAAUCCCAACGGCGAAAUCCCGUCCCCGGAGUACAACGAGCCGUACUCGGCCCACGGCUCACAGCAUCACCCCCCAGCUCCCCCCUCUCCACAGCAGGUAUCCAACCUGGAUUUUGCUUUGCUCUAGUUCCUGCAGUGCCACAGGCAGACGGGUCCAGCUCAGGCCAACGGGUGCCCAGCAAUCCCUGUGCCCCAGCAGCACCUCUCUCUGGAGAAAUGGAACUGCCAGCCCCUGCCCAGUGGCCACUGCAGAGAGGUGCCCACAGCUCCCAUUUACAGCACCCCUGGCACCUCCCGCCAGCUCCAGCUGCGGGCACAGGCUGAAGCUUCUUACCUUGAGGAGAUCUCUUCUCUGCCAGAGGAACAUCUGGGCCCUUCAUUGCACCCACCAGGUGGGAACGUCGGCACCUACGACCUGCCAGAUUCCAGCUGCCGGCACCGCGACUCCGCCGCCUUCCACGACUACGCCGAGCUCCAGAGCUUCCACAGUGACUUCAGCUAUGACAACCUGUGGGAAGCUGAGGAGAAGGAGCCAGGCACCCCACACACCUCCCCCUCUCCAGUCCAGCAGAUUUACCAGGUCUAAGGGAUGGUCUCCACAGCCAGGCACAGAAAGCCCCCCCAUCCCGGGCUCUUUUCUCGCUGGGCUUCCCUCCAGGAUGAGGAGCCCAGGGCACACAAGGCAAAGGGAAGAGCCCUGCCCUGCAAAAGGCUGCUUCCCAUGUCCUGGCAGGCCUGGGCUUCAAAUUUCUCUCCUAAAUCUGGGGAUGGGGGCAAAGCACAGCAGCAGCAGCCCCUGUGGACAUGGAGGAGCAGUGUGUGUGCCGUGCCAAGGAGAGUGCUCAGGGAGCCCUGGCUGGGCAACAGCUCUGUCCCCAAAAGUGAAAGGAAGAAGAAAAAGGGUCAGGCUCCCUCAGGUAAAAGGGACUGGGUGUU